GAUCCCGGUCUGAGCCGGAUCCUGAUGCGGAUCUUCUAGAAGUUUAGACGUGUCUUUAAGAUAACGGAGCGUUAGUUUAAGAUCAGAUAGAAACCUUUGGUUAGAUUAAAGCCCGCAACACACCGAAGUUUGCGUGAUGUCGCGGGGAAGCUAAUUAGCUGGCUUAGUUGUAACAGCUGCUGCUGCUUGUGGACACAGCUAGCUAACUUAGCUUAGCACAGUUUAGCUCAUUUGCUCUACUGGUCAACAAAAACAGAAAGUCUGGACAGUGUAAAUAACCAGCUGUGAACAUUUUGACUUUUGUCUGCUCCACUUCCUGGUCAUCGUGGUUGUAGUGGGAGAACUGGUGAUGGGGCCCAAGGCUGACCUCCGGGUUUCCCGUCCAGUCCAGCUCAUGCGGCCGCUGCUGCUCCUGGUUGUCCUGCUGGCAGCGGUCUGGGCGGAGAGCCAAGACUACUACAAACUGCUGGGAGUGAACAGGGAGGCCACGACAAGAGAGAUACGACAGGCCUUCAAGAAGCUGGCGCUCACCAUGCACCCCGACAAAAACCCUGGCGACGCCUCAGCCCACGAUAAGUUCCUACAGGUGAAUCGCGCCUACGAGGUUCUGAAGGACGAAGACCUCAGGAAGAAAUACGAUAAAUAUGGAGAAAAGGGAUUGGACGAGCAGCAGCAGGGAGGACGCUACGAGAGCUGGAACUACUACCGAUAUGACUUUGGUAUCUACGAUGAUGACUUGGAGAUCAUCACGUUGGACAGUGGAGACUUUGACUCAGCCGUAAACUCUGGAGAAAUCUGGUUUAUCAACUUUUAUUUCCCACGAUGCUCACACUGUCAUCAGCUCGCUCCAACGUGGAGGGAGUUUGCCAAGGAGAUGGAUGGAGUCAUCAGGAUUGGAGCCGUAAACUGUGGAGACAACAACCACCUCUGCAGGAGUAAAGGCAUCAACAGCUACCCCAGUCUGUUUGUCUACAGAGCAGGACAGAAACCAGAGAAGUUCAAUGGGGACCGUUCGAAGGACAACCUGGUGCACUUCUCCAUGAAGUUCAUCACAACAACUGUCAGUCAGCUCUGGCAAGGUAAUGUGUUCAGCGAGAUAGAGAGUGCGUACUCGUCAGGCCUCAGCUGGCUGAUCACCUUCUGCGCUGACACUGGAGAUUGUCUGGAGCCAAGAACGAGACAGAAGGUGGCUGGGAUGUUGGAUGGUCUAGUUAAGGUGGGAUGGAUAGACUGCACCUCACAGGAACAGCUUUGUGAAAGUUUCCAGGUGACCAGUGGAGUGACUGGCUUGUUCCCACCUGGAAGUUCUCUGGAUCAACAAGGCAGCAUACUGUGGCUGAAUACUUUGGACAGUAGAGAGAUUUAUAAUCAGGUCAUCAACCAUCUGCCUGAUCUGGAACUGCUGACCAGUGACACCUUCCAGAGGAAGCUGGCCCAUCAUCGCUGGUUGGUGAGUUUUACGUUUAGAGACAGAAGCCCCGCCUCCAACGAGUACAAAAAGCUGCAAGCUUUCCUUCGAAAUGACCACAUACAGGUCGGCAGAGUUGACUGUAUAGCAGACUCAGAGUUGUGUCAGUCUCUCUACAUCCAUAAACCCUGCGUGGUUGUCUUUAAAGGACUGGGAAUCCACGACUUCGAGAUUCACCACGGUAAAGAUGUGUUGUACAACAUUGUGAGUUUUGCAAGGGACAGCGUUCGCGCUCAUGUGACGACUCUGAGACCUGACAACUUUCCCUCAAACAGAAAGGAGCCCUGGGUGGUCGACUUCUUUGCUCCGUGGUGUCCUCCAUGUCGAGCCUUACUGCCUGAACUGAGGAAAGCUUCGAUCCAGUUGGCUGGACAGAUGAAGUUUGGUACUCUGGACUGUACCAUCCACGGCGACCUCUGCUCUAUGUAUAAUAUUCAGGCUUAUCCCACCACAGUGAUCUUUAACGGUUCCUCUGUCCAUGAAUAUGAAGGACAACAUUCAGCUGACGGCAUCCUGGAGUUCAUACAGGAUCUGGUCAAUCCAUCUGUGGUGGUCCUGGAUCCUGCCAGCUUCUCCGAGAGAGUCAAAGGUCGAGAUGAGGGGCAGAUCUGGGCGGUGGAUUUCUACGCUCCAUGGUGUGGUCCCUGUCAGGCUCUGAUGCCAGAGUGGAGACGCAUGGCCAGGCUGCUGUCAGGUCAGAUCCUUGUUGGUUCAGUUGACUGCCAGCGGUUUCAGUCGUUCUGUCAGAGUCAGCAUGUGAGGGCGUACCCUGAAAUCCGCCUAUACCUCGGGAACGCCCGGCAGCCGGAUCGCUACAUGAGUUAUAAUGGUUGGCACCGAGAUGCCCAUUCACUGAGAGCGUGGGCGCUGAGCUCUUUACCCAAAGCGUCGGUGGACCUGACUCCAGAGUCCUUCAGGUCUCUGGUUCUGUCAGGCCAGGAUCACUGGGUUCUGGAUUUUUACGCCCCUUGGUGUGGACCCUGUCAACACUUUGCCCCGGAGUUUGAGGUCAUGGCUCGGAUUCUGAAAGGGACGGUUCGAGCUGGGAAGGUGGACUGUCAGGCUCAUUAUCAGAUCUGUCAAUCAGCUGGAAUAAACGCCUACCCAACUGUCAGAUUCUACCCGUACCUGGGAACAAGAAGGCAUGAACACAGUGGAGAAUACAUCAAUAGCCGGGAUGCUAACGUGAUCGCUGACACAGUCAGACAGCGACUACAACAGCUGUCGCCACGGUUACACAACAAACAGAAGGACGAGCUCUGAGAUCUCUGGGGAGGUGCUGUGAGAAAGACCAGCAAUCUUGAUUGGUCAGGAAGGGACAGAAGUGGAUUUGAUUGGUCCAGCGCAAAGAUCAAUCGGUUAACACUCCUUGAUAAGACCACAGCUGUAACAAAGAGACAGACAGACUCUACACUGACUGUUACCUGCUGUGUUGAAUGUACUGAAGUUUCUGUUUUGUUUUUAUUGGUUUUGUUUAAAUAUUGUCUCCAUUGUUUGUAUUUACUCUAUGAAGUAAAACUGUGGGACACUGUAUUCUGGACACAUCACUGUCACACACACACACAAACAAAUACACAGCCAGAUGUUGACAUAGUGUUGUAUUUUAAUGUUAUGUUAAAACUUUUGGACCUUCAGAAUAAAACUCUGUUUUUUGACAGUCACAUGA